AUGCCAGAGACAGGUCAGCGGGUGCGAAUGCCUUAUACAACAAGCCAUUUAUAUCAGUCUCAUUAUCAAGACCUGACAAACAAAUGUCAUUUCUUCAACAGCCUGGACCCAUCUAACAAUUCAUCACCCACCUGUCAGCUGUUUCGGUGUCCGUGCGUGUGUUUGCUAAAGUGUUGUGUUUUGUAUUUGCAGUACCCACACUUCCUGAAGAGGGACGCCAACAAGCUUCAGAUCAUGCUGCAGCGGCGGAAGCGAUACAAGAACCGGACCAUCCUGGGCUACAAGACGCUGGCUCUGGGGCUCAUCAACAUGGCCGAGGUGAUGCAGCACCCCAGCGAGGGCGCCCAGGUCCUGGGGCUCCACAGCCAGCUGAAGGACGCCUCGCUGCCCGUCGCUGAGGUCCGAGUUUACUCUCUGUCCAGCCAGCCCAUCGAUCACGAGGGACCCAAAGCAAAGAUGUCUGAUCGUUCCCCAGACAUCGACAACUACUCUGAAGAGGAGGAAGAGAGCUACUCAUCAGAACAGGAAGGCAGCGAUGACCCCAUUCAUGGACAGUAUCUGUACGACGAAGAAGAGGAGGUGAGGAAGAAGAAGCCGAGGCGCAAGCUCCCUUCCAACGCUGCCAUCACCAGACAACCCAACAUCAAGCAGAAGUUUGUCGCCUUGCUGAAGAGGUUUAAAGUCACUGAUGAGGUUGGUUUUGGCCUCGAGCACGUCUCCAGGGAGCAGAUCCAGGAGGUGGAGGAGGACCUGGACGAGCUCUACGACAGCCUGGAGAUGUACAACCCCAGCGACAGCGGGCCGGAGAUGGAGGAGACCGACAGCAUCCUCAGCACCCCCAAACCCAAGCUAAGGCCCUUCUUUGAGGGAAUGUCUCAGUCCAGCUCGCAGACGGAGAUCGGCAGUCUGAACAGCAAAGGCAGUUUGGGCCGAGACACUUUCAGCCCGGGGGAGCAGCCUCCUCUGGAGAAGAUGAAACCCUCCCGCAGCCGCAACCUGGAUGACGUCCCGUCUGAGACCGACACGCUGGAGCUAACGGACCAGGAGCUGUUUGCUGAGGUGGGCCCCUGCAUCACAGUGUCGGUGGCAGAGAAACCCCGUACGCCCCUGAAGAGCAGCAAAAGUGAAACCCAGCCCAUGGCGUCACCACGGUUGGACGGAGGCCACACGCCCAGACAGAAGCGCAGCAGCACUCCCAUGAAGGAAAGACAGCUGUCCAAACCUCUCAGUGAACGAACCAACAGCUCAGACUCGGAGAGAUCCCCGGAGCUGGGACACACCACUCCGGUCCUGAGGAAGGCUGUGUACGAUCAGCUCAAUCAGAUUCUGUUGUCGGACGCGGCGCUCCCAGAGAGCCUCAUCUUGGUCAACGGCACAGACUGGCAGGGGCAGUAUGUUGCAGAGCAGCUCCAGGUACAGAGACACCCGGUGGUGUGCACGUGUUCGGCAGCUGAGAUCCAGGCGGUGCUGUCUGCUGUGCUCACUCGCAUCCAGAAAUUCUGUAACUGUAACUCGUCCAUGCCCAGAGCGGUGAAGGUGGCGGCGGUGGGCAGCCAGAGCUACCUGGGAGCCAUCCUGCAGUUCUUCGUCACCCAGCUCGCCAACAAGACGUCCGACUGGCUCAACCACAUGCGCUUCCUGGUGGUGCCUCUGGGCUCUCAUCCUGUUGCUAAGCACCUUGGCGCCCUUGACAACCGCUACAGCUCCUCCUUUCUGGAUGGAGCGUGGAGGGACGUGUUCAGCCGCUCGGAGCCGCCACAGACAGAUCAGUUGGAUGUAGCGGGUAGAAUCGCCCAGUACAUCAGCGGAGCCACAGUCACACACCAGCUGCCCAUCGCUGAGGCCAUGCUCACCUGCAAACACAGGACGCGAGAUGAAGACUCCUACCAGAAAUUCAUUCCUUUUAUUGGGGUGGUGAAGGUUGGUCUCAUCGAGUCUGGUCCGUCCCCAGCAGGGGAUACAGAGGAAGGUGUGGCAGUGAGCUUGGCGGUUCCCUCCACGUCUCCUCCGUCCCACGGCUCCCCCACAGGGAUGAUCAAAGAGGCGGCCACGCCCCCCUCCUCACCCUCUAUGGGCAGUGUCCUCACAGUACAAGGGAGCCCCAGCAUGUCUCACGGCGUGGACGCCAUCGGCCUGCAGGUGGACUACUGGCUGGCCUCGCUGGCGGAGAAGCGUCGGGAGGGCGAGCGGCGCGACACGGGCUGCAAGAACACGCUGAAGAGUGCCUUCCGCUCGCUGCAGGUCAGCAGGCUGCCAGGAGGAGGCAGCAGCGAUCCACAGGCGCAGGUCAGCACCAUGGCCAUGACCGUGGUCACCAAGGAGAAGAACAAGAAAGUUCCCACCAUCUUCCUGGGAAAGAAGCCCAAAGAGAAGGAUGUCGACUCUAAGAGCCAAGUCAUCGAGGGCAUCAGCCGACUCAUCUGCUCUGCCAAGCAGCAACAGACCAUCCUGAAAGUGUCCAUCGACGGCGUAGAGUGGAACGACGUCAAGUUCUUCCAGCUGGCCGCCCAGUGGCCCACUCACGUCAAAUACCUGCCUGUCGGACUUUUCGGCUACAGCAAACCCCCGUCUUAGGGCCGAGCGCCGCCCGACUUCUCUGACCCCGACCUGACCUGCGACUCUCCUCGAUCCUGUCACACCUUUGCGCACAGACCCCGCCUCUCAGCGCCUGCAGAGCCGAGAGAAGACGUGGAGCGGCUGGAUUAUUUCCAUCCUUUGGUUUCAUUUUAGCCGUCUUGUUUCUCCGUAGGGAGGAGGUGGAGGAGGAGGGUGCUGGGUGCAGCGCUGUUACUAGUCACUUUAAUGCCCCUUUUUGUGUGUCUGUGUGUGCGAUGAGUGUGCAUGCACACGUGAAUGUACAGUAUGUGUGUAAAUGUGUGUGUGUGUGUGUGUGUGUGUGUUUGCGUGUGUGUUUACAGGGGGGUUACAGCACAAGUUUAUUAGCUAACUGCCAUUUCCGUUCUAUGGAAUGCAACAGCAUGCAACAAGUCACCAUUUUCAAGCCCUGACAGUCUGACCCUCGACUACUGACCCCGUCAAAAGUCACCUCGAGCUCCGAUCCACACGUGCAUGCUCCCGACUAACAGACACACCACUCAUGUGCCACCAACAGUAACUCAAAAUAAAAAGCAGUGCAACAGGGCUUCGGUGUUUGCAUGAGCCGGUGAAAACACAAAGAAAAGUCGCCUCCGCUCACAAAUAAAAGGCCGCCGUGUCGUGAUUUUUCUCCCUGCGAAACAAACUCCCCUCUAAGCAAACCCUUUCAUUUUUGAUUUGUAUUAAUUUCAAGGGCUUCCAGUGACGGUUUUAAAUAUUUUCUCUGUACCAAAAUGAGUCAUUUGGAUGUCUUAAUGCCAAACAGAAAAGAAAAAAUAUCCAUAUAAAGGGGAAGUGUCUUUUUUUUUUUCUUUUUUUAAACUGUGCUCUAGUGAAAAAUAGUAAGAACUUCCCUUUAAAGCUGUUUUGUGAUGCAUAGUGUGUGUUAUUGUGAAGAGUUACAAGAUUUCAGGGCAGGAGCAACUAUAAUGUGCAGUUUUCUUUUUUUUUCUUAUUUGCUAUGCAUUUAUGAAUCCACUACUGGCGAAAAUAGACGAACUCCCUUCAUAGCAGAUCCGAAUAAAUAUGCAACCAGAAACAAAAUGCAUGUUUAAAAAGUUCAAAACUGUUGACAGGAACAUGAUGGGAAAAGUGUGGGUGUUUUUUCCCAGAUUAAACUCCGCAAGAAUGAGAGUUAAUUACCCACAAUGAAGCACAAUGUCGUCGCCAGUUGGCCCCAGAAAAUCCUCACUUUAUCAGCAACACACUGGCAGCUUUUCUUUUCAGUGAAAACAGCGGACCUGGUCAAAAAAAGUCCCAUUCUUUGAGCCGUUCCCUUUUUAUUUCCUUUAGACUCCUUAUUAAGCAUUUUUAUCAGGAAGCAGUCGGGUUUGUGUUAUUUUGGCACAGGUCUGCUUCGUGCUUUUUCUGUAGGAUGUCGUGAGGUGAUUAGUGAGUGUACAGUAACUGGUAACAAGUGUGUGUGUGUGUACGUGGUGAAGUAAAUGUAAUGUGGUCAAAAAAAAAAAUCACUUCAGAGGAGGAAUAGUUUUUCUACCAUGUGAUAGAGGGCAUGCAAUUGGUGUGUGAGAGUGUGUGUGUGUGUGUGUGAGUGUGUGUUGGUGCUGAUGUGUGGUCAUUAUCAAUGUCACUGAUUAGGGCUGUGAAAGCUGCAGUGGUCAUCUUGUUCACGUCGUAGCCCGGCACGAGGCAGCAGGACGAGAUUACAAAUUAACUCCACUUAGGAGCAAAUUUUAUAGUAAUUGGGUUAAAAAAAAUCUUUAAAAUAAUCUAAACCUGUGCAGCUCUGCCUUGUGUCGCCUACAUCCUAACACUCUCCAUCUCCGGUGAAGUAUUCGCAAAAUAGUCUCUUUUUUUUAAAAUAAAUAGUGUUAAUGCCAA